UCGGCCGUCCUGGCGGGGGGGCGGCAGGGCGCGGGCGGCGUGGAGGCGCUCAUGUGCCCCGUCUGCCGCUUCACCACCUCGUGCAACCUCGUCCUGGGCCAGCACAUGCGGCGCCACGCGGGCGGAUACCCGUUCCUCUGCCCGCACUGCGACUACCGCACCCACCGCAGCCACGACCUCAAGAAGCACUUGAGGACGCACACCGGCGAGAAGCCCUACCACUGCAGCUACUGCCCUUACCAGACCAGCGACCCCAGCAACCUGUCGGCGCACCUGAAGGCCAGGCACGCCAUGGUCCGGCUGGAGGACCACCUGCCGCUCUGAGAGGACCACCUGCAGUUGCGAAGGCCGUCUGUCACUCCGAGGAUCACUUGCCUCUCUGCAAGGGCCACCCACCGCUCGAGAAGGCAGCCUGCCUCUUGAGAGAGCCUUCUGCCGCUCUGAACCUUGCCGCUUGCAGACGGAGAGCAGACCCUGUGUGAUUCGUCAUCAUCCAUGUCAUGCACAGAGAGACACAGAAACAGGAGACGGAGAAAUCCACCCAGAAACACACACACACGUAAACAGACACGUUCUCACACUCACCUUCCCACAGUGGCACACGUGACAACCUCCAGUACCAGUAUACUAAUAUGCAAUAUACUUACAUGUUGAAGUUCUGCUUUGUCGCAUCCCCCCUCCAGUGUAUAUAUCAUUCAUUGUGUGACGAAACAUUGUUUGGAACCUUUUGAGCAAAGUUUAUUUAAUACUCAUAUAUAGUCAGUGAUUUUGAACGGACCGAGAAAGUAAGCAGUAUUGAUAGAUAUUUUUCUCGGGGUUGGCAUCAUUGUUAGAUUGCGGAUAUCUGGCAACACUGAAAGG